GCCUGUCUUUUACAUUCUUUGGGCUCUCUCUCUCUCUCUCUCUCUUCCAUUAGCGGCUACCGAUAAGUAUUUCGUCCUUAGUUGAACGGUUAAACAUGAGACGCAUUCAGCACUCCAAAGCAAGGGGUUGUGCGUUUCCUCCACGUGCUGGUCCAACCAGCUGAGACCACUUUUUCAUACGCUCACCGAUAGGUCUAAUCCCCUUUCUUGGUCGAGCACUCAGCAUAAGGAUUAAUUCUCCGUGGUCUAGGUUAAAACCGCCACGAAAUGCUAAUUGAAGGCUCGUUUCUUCCAAGUCGUGUUGUGGGUUCGAGCGUCUCCACCAUCCCUUGAAAGGGUCCAUACCAAGCAGACCUUAUCUGGAUGGAGCCAAUGGAGUUAAUGUGGCUUUCACCAAUUAGUUCACACAGCUGACGACAUUAAAACCUUUCUCUAAGCACGGAGCUUUGCAGUAAAUUUGCUUUGAAAUCGCGAGCAAUCCAAAGCCACAAUGCCAACUGACUGAUCGUUCCCGCAUUCGGAAACAUCAAAACGCAUAUUUUCACCUGUAAAAUCCUUAAAGAUACGCUAGUCGCACUGGAGUUGUUGGCCAGCUCGACUUUACCAAAUCACAUCUUCUUGUUCAGUAAAUGAGGUCUUUCUUUAACCGAUGUCUGUUCUUACGGCCGUGACGGCCCUCUUCAUAUGGCUCGGCCUAGUGCAGGCCAAGCUGGUCCGCGAGACACUGGAGUUCACCUGGGGCGUUGGCUCUCCCAAUGGUGUCCCGCGGCAAAUGGUUCUUACUAAUGGGAAGUAUCCAGGGCCUGACUUAGUAUUUGACGAAGAUGAUGAUGUCGAGGUAUCUCGAAACAAGGCAAACCUAAUGGAAUCCGCUCCGUGGUCGGACGGUGUCCCCGGGCUGUCGCAAGCGCCCAUUCAGCCAAAUUCAUCUUUCAUCUACAAGUUUAAAGCUUCCCCAGCAGGCACAUUCUGGUACCAUUCGCACUUCAAAAAUGUGUUGCAGGACGGGCAAGUGGGAGCUCUGUAUAUUCGCCAUAAGCCCGACGCCGCCCGGCCGUACUUGAUGAUAGCCCAGGAUGCCACCGAGGUAGCCCAAAUGCAGCACGCCGAAACCAACUCAAACUUGCUUCUAAUAACCGACUGGACCCAUUUUACUGCUCAUGAGUACUUUCAGGCCGAGAUUGAUUCAGGUCUGAAUCUCUUCUGUGUUGACAGUAUCCUCGUAAACGGCAAAGGUUCCGUUUAUUGCCCGGGAGCGGAGUAUAUGCAAUCACUCAUUGGCCCCCAGAUCGCGUUGGUGUUGGAAGGAACGAAUCUGACUGACCGAGGAUGCUUGGUGCCCAGUUUGCACAAUGUUCAGGGGAGCUGGCCAAACCAGAAACCUAGUCUUGUCCCAUCCUCAAUGCACAACAACUGCACCCCGUCAGAUGGUGGGUUGCCUACAAUCGAGGUUGAUGCUAAGGACGGAUGGGCGAGCCUGAACUUCAUUGGGGCACAAGCGCAGAAAGGAACCACUUUCUCGGUAGACAACCAUCCAAUGUGGAUAUAUGAGGUAGACGGUCAGUUCGUGGAACCGCGUCAGUACGAGAUGGUUGGAAUGUACAACGGCGCUAGGUACUCGGCUCUUGUCAAGCUGGACCAAACACCCGGAGAUUAUGCGAUUCGAGUGACCGACAAUGGAGGCGACCAGGUCAUCAGCGGCUAUGCUGUCCUUUCCUACCGUGCCGCAAACACGACGGAGAAUGGGACUCGACCGCAAGCCCAAAUUGGCCCUGAAACGCAGGGAUACAUUAACUAUGCCGGACUGAACACAUCCGCUAGCGUAAGGUACUUGAACUACACACAGAACCUCCCAGCGUUCAAUGUUCCCCUGCCACCGGCCUUCGCGGACCUCACCAUAAAAACCAACAUGACACGUAUCAACAGUUCGUAUCACUGGUCUAUAGGGCACGGUGUCCUAUACGAGCCUGAAAUCACAGCAGACACACCCCUCAUAUUCGAGAAACAGCCACUGGAUGUCAUAGGAUCGAAUUACACGCUCCAAACACUCAACAACACCUGGGUGGACAUUAUUCUACAAAUCAUAUCCAACCCAGAAAUGGACCCCAUCCAUCCACCCCACCCCAUUCACAAGCACGGCAACCGUGCCUACAUCAUUGGGGACGGAAUGGGCCUCUUCAAUUGGUCGACUGUCGAUGAAGGAAUGCGCGAGAGACCUGACCUGUUCUACCUCGACAAGCCCGCACUACGUGACACAUUCACGACAAACACCCUCACCGCAGCCUUGGACGGUGGAGUAUGGAUGGCAAUCCGGUACCACGUCGGCGGGCCAUUCCCCUCGUUGCUUCAUUGUCAUAUCACGACGCACCAGGAAGGCGGAAUGGCGUUGGCCCUUCUUGAUGGUAUCGAUUUAUGGUCGGAGCUACCCACUGCGGCGGAAGUGGUGCAGCUGCAGAAUGCAGGUGAACCUGUAGCAUGA